UCUAUAACUUCAUCUACUACCAUUACUCAAGAAAAAUCAAACUUGCCAAUUGAUUUUUAUUUAUUACAUCAAUUAAGUUCUAUUGAACAAAAAGCUAUUGACAAAAAAAUUGCAUGUGCAUUUUAUGCAG